AUGGCGGCCAGAAAGACGGUCCCCAAAGCCACGACGGCCAGAAAGACGGUCCCCCAGACCAAGACGGCCAGAAAGACGGUCCCCAAGCCCGCAGGGACCAAGAAUCCCGUGGCCAAAAGAACCACGACGGCGAGAAACACCCCGGCCAGACGCACCGCCGCCCACGCCCUCUCCGCCGCCCUCCGCAACGACGAGGUCCCCACCGACCCCCGCGUCCUCGCCGCCUUCGGCUUCGACCGCUGCUUCUCCGGCCCCGACCGCGCCCACCUGUCCAUGGUCUACGCCGCCCUCAUGGUCGACCUCGGCGUCCGCCCCCACGAGCUCAACAAGUGGCUCGCCGGCGCCGGCGACGGCGACGGCGACGGCAGAGGAGAGGGAGAGGUAGGCCUCAAACACGUCGGCGAACGCAUCCGCGCCCGCUUCGCCGCCGCCAAGCCCGGCCGCCUCCGCCCCGGCCCCCACCUCGCCUGGUUCCGGGACCACCAGUACGUCUGGGACGACGACGCCCCCGGCCGCGCCAAGGCCGAGGCCGCCGCUCGCCGCAUGAUCAACAAGAACCUCGCCGCGCUGCGCAAGAAGGUCAAGAAGGGCGAGCGGGACGAGGUCUUUGACUGGUGGUCCUGA